AUGUCUGGCCUUAACCCAGAGUAUAAGGACAGGCUGCUGCGCGCAGGAAAAAAUACCCGGGCUGGAGAACACGAGCCUCUUCCUGUAGAAAACAAAGGUUAUCAGUUGCUACAGGCGAUGGGCUGGACCGGGAAAGGCCUAGGCAAAAAUCAGCAGGGGAUGUUGACGCCUUUAGCGAUUAAGCCAUUGGAAGGCAAAGCAGGGCUGGGCGCUGAUAAAAAGUUAAAUAGUUCAGAAAAAGAAAAGUUAUGGAUGAAAGCUCGUCUGCGUUACGAAAACACAAAUACAGAAACCUAG